ACACCCAACAGAAAGAAAAAAAGAAAGAAGAAAACUCUCUCUCUCUCUCCACACCCAUCUUCCUUCCCCCUUUCUUUCACCUUGCUUCCCCCCUCUCACUCUAUCCCUCAACCAACAACAAAGCCCAAAUGAAAUGACCUUUUCUUUCUGGCCUCUCUACAACCGAGCAUCCCAUUCCUUCCUUCUCUGCCAUUCUUAACCCUUCCUUCUCUUCCGCCAUUUUUCAGCUGCUUAGGCUCAACCCCCUUCUGUCCCUUUUCUCGUCUCUUCACAUCGAGCUGCUUUCUGGGUCCGUGCAAUUGAGAAAUGUGGGAUGCUUCAGGCAUUGAUGAAUCUGCUUUCCUUAUGCUUCAGGCCGUUCGGUCGGAGUGACGGCGGCGGCGGCGGCGGGAAGGAAGGCUUGCUUUGGUACAGGGAUGUUGGGAAGUAUGGGGCGGGGGAUUUCUCAAUGGCUGUCGUACAAGCGAAUCAAGUCCUCGAGGACCAGAGCCAGAUCGAGUCGGGUUCCUUUGGAACCUUCGUCGGAGUCUACGACGGCCAUGGCGGGCCCGAAGCUGCUCGCUAUGUCUGCGAUCACUUGUUCAGAAACUUUCGAGGUCCGUUUUUCCCAUGUCGAGAGAAUUAAAUUUCCCCCCUUUUUGCCGAUUGGGCCUUUUUUUGGAUUUGAUUGAAUCGAUUUAUUUGUUUCCGUCAUGUGAAAUCCGUGGGACUAAUUACACUUUUACUGAUCUUGAGCUUACUGAAAAAGGGUAACCUGACUUUAUUUUGUAUGGUUGACCGUGGUUUUUUUGUUGUUGUUGAUCGGGUUACUACUUAUUGCCCUUCCAUGUAUAUGUAGCUUAAAGGGUUUAGGCCAGUUACAGAGCUGGAUCAGCUUCCAUUUGAAGUGUCAAUAAUUUGCUGUUUGAUUGAUUGAGCUUAUAGUGUUCCUUUCCUCUGUAGUUUAAGUAGAAGAACUUGAUUGAUUGAUUCUCAUGGCACCUGUGUUUACUUUAUUUAGCUUAUGUGGAUUGUGGGUUGUUUACGGUUAGCUUAGUUAGCUUGUUGCUUCUCUCGAGCAAUUUGAAAUGAAUCAAUACGGAGCUAGUCUUUCUUACGUUGGCAUUCUUAGGUUUUGUGGUAAUGCAGCGAUAUUGGCGGAGAGAGAAGGAGGUGUUGUGACUGCGGACACCAUCUCGAGAGCAUUUCGAGUCACUGAGGAAGGGUUCACCUCGGUGGUCUCGGAGAUGUGGAGCUCUCGGCCUCAGUUUGCUACUGUAGGAUCUUGUUGUCUAGUGGGAGUGGUAUAUCAGCAGACACUUUUCAUCGCGAACCUAGGGGAUUCUCGCGCUGUAUUGGGGAAGAAGGUUGGGAAUACUGGUGGAAUGGCGGCUAUACAGUUAUCAACCGAGCAUAAUGCGAGCCUUGAGGCCAUCAGGCACGAGCUUAAGGAGUUGCACCCGGAUGAUCCGCAGAUUGUCGUGCUGAAGCAUGGAGUUUGGAGAGUGAAAGGAAUCAUUCAGGUUGAUAUUUUGAGUCUUCUUGAAUGAUGCUUUAUUUAUGUUUUUCCAGAAACUCUACAAUUUGUUUCUUUGCUGUAGAUAUGUCCAUAGGAAUAUGAUGUAGGCUGGCUCUUUAAGCUUGUGAAACACCUUACAAAUAUUGUCAGGAUCAACUGAAAUUUAAAGCUAUUCUAACUGUAUAUACGCCAAUGCCAGAAGUGUUCAUAUUUACUAUGUUGAGUUGCUAAAAUUAGGAAGUCUGCCUUUAAUACUAGUUAAGUUAGAAACUGUAUGUCAAUUUUGUUAUCUUUUUGCAUUUUGAUAACUGAAACUGUUAUAUCAAUGAUUUGACCUAUUUCCUAGGAAGUUCUUAGCUCUUGACUCAUGGUGGCAGGGAAAAACCCUCACUUUGAUGCUCUUCCAGAUUGAUAAUUCCCAGAAAAGCACAUAUUGACAAUGUUCAUUUGCUAUAAAUAGAAAGUCGCUUUGAUGUUAAUUAAUUUAGAAACUGCUAUACGAUUGACUCUUGCCUAUUAUUAGAAAAUUCUCAGUUCUUGACUCACAGGACUGAGAGUUCAGAACUGAGAACUUAAAAGAGUCAACGCUAUAACUGUUUCUAUCUGAACUAGCAUUAACAACGACUUUCUUUAUAUAGCAAAAGAACAUUGUUGAUAUGUGCACAUUUGACACCUACACAUCUAUAAAAGCUUCAGCAGAGAGUUGAUUUUCCAUCACUAAUAAAAUCGACUGACGAUAAUAUUCGAAUAAACACUUGGAGUCAAGGAAAACUCUCUCACUUUUGAAGCUCUCCAACUAUAUUCUAAGUCCCCAAAAAUUGUGCAUAUUUACAAUGUUCUUUUGCUCUGAAUAGAAGAUCACAGUUAAUGCUAGUUAGUCAAGUUAGAAAGUGUUAUGUUUAUUGGCUCUCACCUUCUGUAACUCCACAGGUAGCCAAUCCCUUUAUCUUGCCUUGGUAUGCAAGUAAAGGCAUCUGUUCUGUUAUUUCAGGAAUGUAUUGGCAGUUGUACCAACAAUCUUCUGAACUUUGUCAUUGUAUUUUGAUGUGCAGGUCUCGAGAUCAAUAGGAGAUGUAUACAUGAAACAUGCGCGGUUUAACAGGGAACCAAUAAACGCAAAAUUCAGACUUCCGGAACCAAUGAGCAUGCCUAUCAUGAGUGCCAGUCCCACCAUCCUGACUCAUCCUCUCCAUCCGAGCGAUUCAUUUAUUAUAUUUGCAUCUGAUGGUCUGUGGGAACACUUGAGCAAUGAAAAAGCUGUGGAUAUCGUACACAGCCAUCCACAUGCAGUAAGAACUUUCUUCCCCCUCCUUUAUCAUGGUUACUCUUGUUUGAUCAUGCUUGCUUAUAACUUGUGCAAUGACCUGUUAAUAUCUUCAUAUUUGCUUGUCUUAGGCAUUGUUCUGGUGAACGUUAACUUAAGAACUGUGAGAAAAUUUAUCUAUGCCAGAACCAAACUAAACAGAAAUCCAACCCACCGUAAGCUACUCAAUCAAUGAAACUUCAUGGGUGAAUGGGGGUGAUGUUAUGUGAAACUAGGGUGUUUAUAAUUAGAAAUGAAUCACACCCGAAAUAAACCAAACCAUCCAUAUGGCUCGUUAUAUACUACCACUGAGCUUAAGAAUGGUUUCUUGAGUUAGUAAAAUCAUUAGCUAAGAUGAUUUUAUAAGUGUUGUGUGUUUGUUUCUCUUCUAACUUCUGAGUAUUUCUUAUUGAUUCUGCUAGCUUUGUAUAGUUUAUAUUACAAAUAACCCUGACAAACCAGAACCGAACAUUAAUAAAGACAAUAGGUUUCA